AUGGGAAAGAAAGGAUGUUACAAUUGUGGUCAAGAAGGACACCCAUACUAUAAGUUCCCAAAUCCCUCGAGAACUUGCUACAACUGCUUUCAACCGGCUCACAUCAAGGCUGAAUGCCCAAAGCUUCAACAGAAGACGGGCAAGGAAGAAAGAAAGGAAGAAGCCCCAAAGGCACGAGGCAAGAUGUUUCAGAUAUCGUCUGAAGAAGCCAAGGCUCUUUCGAAUGUCGUAUCAGGUAUAUUUUUACUAAAUUCAAUUCUCACGCAUGUACUAUUUGAUACCGGAACUAGUAGGUCGUUUAUGUCGGAUGAACUUAUACGUUACCCGUCCUUUAAAGUCGAAACGAUGCCGGCGCCACUAGAAGUAGAAAUAGCCGAUAGUAAGAGUUACUUAUUGCGUGAAGUGCGUAGAAAUUGUAAAAUCAUCAUAGAAGAGGAAAGAUUUAUUAUUGAUCUUAUUCCCAUGGUAUUGGGAGAAUCAAGGUUAUGA